ACCUGACGAUGGACGCUAAGGGCACGCGGCUGCUCAACCUCACCGUGCUGCAGCGCCUCGACUCCGCCGUCGAGGACAUCCUCAUCACCGCCGCCCAGAUCACCCUCUAACAUCGACCUCAACCAGUGGGUGAGCGACCCCCCCUCCCUCCCUCCUCGCGGAUCCUAUCCGGUUGGUUGCUUGGUUGCCUGGUUGGUGAUCCUGUGAGCUCAUUCAUGCGAGAUUGCGACGCGCGCGAUCGUCAAUCAUGCAGACGAUCGAUCACAUGCGUGAUCGCUGGACAUCUGACCGUUCACCGUCGUCGUCGUCGUCUGGAUCUGCCACAUGACAUGCGUGCGCCACGCACGACAACCCAUUCCUUCCUCUCGCUGUCCUGCCGUGCCCUGCCUGCAUCCUCCCAGCCUAGCUCCCUUAUCCAACAAGCGUAAUCGAGCGACCGAUCGAUCGAUCCAUGCAUGUCUCUGCAUCCGGGUACAAAUAAGCUGAGGCCUUCUCGCGAGAAAUCAAAACCGUAUCACCUCACACUCACAGCAGUUUGGCUAACCAUGGCGAGAGCGGCGGCGGCCUUCGUCUUCGUCUCACUCACCCUCCUCUGCAACGCCAGCAGCCAAGGCGAAGGGGCGGCGGCGGCGGCGGCGUGCAGGGCGGCGGAUUUGGUGGUGAGGCAGAGGGCGACGGGGCGGGUGGUGGAGGGGAAGCCGGAGUACGCGGUGGAGGUGGCGAACCGUUGCCGGUGGGUGACGCUGCGGCUGCACCCGGUGGGCCCACCGCUGCUCGUCCCGCACCAUGCCAGGCAGGACACGGUGGUCGCCGGCUACGACGUCCCUGCCGACGCGCGCGUGCUAGUGCACGUGCGGGCCAUCGCGCCCGACCCGGCGUCGUGGCCCGACCGCACCGAUGCGUUCCUGCCGGAGCGCUUCCUCCCCGGUGCCGGCGGCUGCGAUGGCGGAGUGGACGUGCACGGGCAGCACUUCGAGCUGCUGCCGUUCGGGUCAGGGCGGCGGAUUAGUCCGGCGACCAACCUGGCGAAGAAGAUGGUGGCGCUGGGCGUGGCAAGCUUGCUGCAGGGGUUCGCGUGGCGGCUGCCGGACAGAGGACGUGAGCAUGGAGGAGCUGGUCAGGCUGUCCACACGCCGGAAGGUGCCGCUCGUCACCGUCGCCGAGCCCAGGCUGCCGCCACAUCUCUACGCCGCCGCCGCCGCAUGAACGUUGUGGGUUAUACUAUUAAACUUGCUCGGAGGAUGUCUCUCUCUUCAGACAACAUGGUAUAUGAUUUGGUGGAAUAUCAUGUCAAGGAGCAAAUGCGACAAGUUAUUCACAUAGGUUCUGGACUUCUGGUUCCGAUGAAAGCCAGGCUCGUGGUGCUCGCGGCCGCCGUGGCGGCGGCGGCGUUGUUGGUGUCCCUGGACCCCCGGAGCGACGACGUGCCAGUGCUGGAGAUAUGGGAGCGCGACGUCGAGCUUAUCACCGUGGACGCCGGCGGCGCGGUCGGGCCGGAGAGCGUGGCGUUCGACGGCGACGGCGACGGCCCGUACACGGGCGUGUCGGACGGGAGGGUGCUCAAGUGGCUUCCCCUGGAGCGCCGCUGGGUCGAACACUCGUCCGCCGUCAUCGAGCCACAUAUGUUGGAUAGCUGCAGAGGAUCCAAGGACACGAAACGGGAGCAGGAGUGUGGGCGUCCACUGGGCCUCAAGUUCAAUAGCAAGACUGGUGAGCUGUACGUCGCAGAUGCGUACCUUGGGCUGAGAGUGGUCAGCCCGGGUGAGAACGUGUCUAGGCCGCUUGUUCCUAAGUGGACAGAAAGCCCAUUCAGCUUCUCCAAUGGCGUUGAGAUUGACCAUGAAACUGGAGUAAUCUACUUCACCGAGACCAGUACAAGGUUUCAGAGAAGGGAGUUUCUAAACAUAGUUAUAACGGGUGACAACACUGGAAGAUUAUUGAAAUAUGAUCCAAAGGAAAACAAGGUUGAAGUCUUAGUUGAUGGCCUAUGUUUUCCUAAUGGUUUGGCUAUGAGCAACGAUGGUUCUUAUUUGCUACUUGCGGAAACCACAACGGGUAAGAUCCUAAGAUAUUGGAUUAAAACACCAAAAGCAUCAACUAUUGAAGAAGUUGUGCAACUACAUGGGUUUCCAGACAACAUCAAGAUGAGUCCUAGAGGAGGGUUUUGGGUUGGUCUUCAUGCCAAGAGAGGGAAGAUCGCUGAGUGGUCAAUUUCUUACCCUUGGCUAAGGAAAGUAAUCUUGAAGCUACCAGCUCAACGCAUUCAACGCAUCACAUCGUUCUUGACAGGAUUUGGUCGUCAGGUGAUAGCUUUGAGGUUGAGUGAGGAUGGGAAGACCAUAGAAGCAAUGAGUGUUCAUGGUGAUGUUAGGAAGUUGUUCAAGUCUAUUAGCGAAGUUGAAGAAAAGGAUGGGAACCUCUGGAUAGGAUCUGUUUUGUCACCUUUUCUUGGGCUUUAUCGUAUAUAGUUUAAUACAUAGAGAGAGAAUGCAUAAGUUACAAAGGUAGUGAAGAUAUUAGUAUACAAGCGUGGUGUUAUGAUAUGAAGCAUAUGUAACAAAAUAAUAGAUCUAGCAUUUAGUGAGUGUUCAAAAUAAUGGUUGCCAAUUUUUAUUGAAAAGCUAAUGUCUAUCAUCACUACCAGCAACGAGACUUAAGAUUACAAUGAUAUGAAUAAAAAACCACCUGAACAACUAUAUUUCUAAUUA